GAAAUCCAAGAAGUCUAAACGACAGUCAUCUUCAUCUGCAUCACCUCCACCAGUGUCCAGAUCCAACCCCCGGGUCCAAGAUUCUGACUCUGGCAACUCUUCACCUUCCCCACCUCCCAAGAAGAAGCAGCAACCGAGAUCUUGGUCUCCAUCGCAGUCUCCAAAGGCCAAUGAUGAAUAUGAUGCCAGGCAGUACCAGAAAUCUCAGGUUGGUUUUUCUCACCAAGAGUCUUUUUGUGAUUGCACUCCUGACUUGCACCAGCAGAAUUCUUAUAUAGUGACCUCUCUUUUCUAUUCCUCUUUAGUUAUGGGAGCAGUGGUUAUGUCAAAACAAUACUACGUUGCUCAGUAG